AUGGCGGCAGGCAGGCAGGCAGAAGCAACCGACAGCAAAUGGGCCACACCGAGCAAUUCGCAGCCGACCAAGGAAGAGCCACUGGCCGGACUCCUCGAUCUUGGGGGUUUAGCACUCGAGCAGGAUUCCCCUAGCGACUCGACAGCGAGCAAGUCGCGCCAAGGCGACGGGCUCACACGGCGCGAACGCAACGAGCAGUACAAGCUGACAAAGAAGCGCACCGAGGCAUAUGCGACUCUGCAGCGCAUGGAGAAGAUCUGCGACCUGUCCACGGUGUUUGACCAGAGGCCGCGCAAAACCAUGUGCAUAGUCAACAUUGGCUUCGGGGCCGUCGGCGGAGCCACAGUGGCAGAGCUCGAGGCGGUGUUUAGCGAAUUCGAGGGAUUCGAGCGCGUUGUGAUGAAGCUAGGCAAGCCGUACAGUUUUGUGACAUUCCGCAGCGGCGAGAACGCGCAAGCUGCACACGAGGUCUUGCAUGAGAGGAUGUGCGAGCCGCUUGGGAAGAUCCUGUUCCUGGAGUACCUGACUCACCGCAACUUUGCAUACCUGGCAGACCGCGUGUCUCCCGACGACACAGAGAGUGAACUGCUGGAUGCAUCCCGGGGGCUGCACUACUUUGACGACUUCAUCACAGAGCAGGAGGAGAAGGAUAUCAUGGAGCACAUCCGGAUAGACGAGGAAGCGGAAAUUGCCCGCAACAACGGCAGCGACAAGUGGACGCAGGUCCAGGAGCGCUACGUCAAGCACUACGGCCACUCAUUCGACUAUCACACCAAGCAUGUCGGGUCGGACUCUCUGACGGCCUCAACAGAGCUGCCGCCGUGGAUGCAGCCAUUUAUCGACCGGAUCCGGACCAAGCUGCCCGGCUACCCAGGGACCCCGAACCAGCUGACGAUCCAGCGGUACCCGCCUGGCUCCGGCAUCGCCUUCCACACUGAUAGCCAUACGGCGUUCACCGACAUGAUUGUGAUUCUGUCGAUGGGCUCGCCGGUGCAGAUGGACUUCCGCAAGCCAGCCAGCCACGACUCGUUGGUUACGAUUGACCUGGAGCCGCGCAGUCUGGUGGUGAUGACCGGCGAGGCACGGUACGGCUGGGAGCACGCGAUUCGGAUGCGGCGCUCAGAUCUGGUCGACGGCAGGGUGCGGGAGCGGUGCGAGCGCUGGUCGAUUACCAUCCGAACAAUCAACGAGCAGAUGACGUGCAAUUGUGCGUUCUCGGCGCUGUGCGAUACCAACUCGCAGAUGGUGCAGAGGCUCCGGCGAGAGCGAGUCUGA